GACACGCCGGACUGGGUCCUGCAUCCUUCUUACUAUAUAAUCCAUUUCACUGAUAAUUCCCACCCCAAAAUAGCAUAGGCAACCGAGUGAGCAGAAAUCGAGUCGCCGCCGGCAGCAAUGAGGAAGUGGACGAUCUCUUCCGUACUGUUUCUACUGUUCGUUCUAUUUACUCUUCCGGAUCAAGGCCGGAAGAUACAUGCCAAUGCAGAGGCUGAAGUUGAUCCACAAGUGGAUCUGCCUAAGGUAGAGGAAAAGAUAGGUGCUGUUCCUCAUGGUUUAUCUACUGAUUCUGAUGUGGUGAAAAGGGAAGCCGAGUCCAUGUCAAAGAGGACGCUUCGAGCUAAUGCAGAGAAAUUUGAGUUCCAAGCUGAAGUUUCUCGACUUAUGGACAUCCUCAUCAAUUCCCUAUACAGUAACAAAGAUAUUUUCUUGAGGGAGCUCAUCUCCAAUGCUUCAGAUGCAUUGGAUAAAAUCAGAUUCCUUUCUCUCACUGACAAGGAUAUAUUGGGCGAGGGUGAUGAUGCUAAGCUUGAGAUCCAGAUAAAAUUGGAUAAAGAAAAGAAAAUUCUCUCGAUUCGUGACCGAGGAAUUGGGAUGACAAAGGAGGAUUUAAUCAAGAACUUGGGAACCAUUGCCAAGUCUGGAACAUCGGCCUUUGUUGAGAAAAUGCAGAAAAGUGGAGACCUUAACCUUAUCGGACAGUUUGGUGUUGGGUUCUACUCUGUCUAUCUUGUGGCUGACUAUGUUGAAGUUAUUAGCAAACACAACGAUGACAAACAAUAUGUUUGGGAAUCGAAGGCUGAUGGAGCGUUUGCAAUUUCUGAGGAUGUUUGGAAUGAGCCGCUUGGCCGUGGAACUGAAAUCAGACUACACCUUAGGGAUGAAGCUGGUGAAUACUUGGACCAACACAAAUUAAAGGAUUUGGUGAAAAAAUAUUCUGAGUUCAUCAACUUCCCAAUAAAUCUAUGGGCAAGCAGGGAGGUUGAGAAGGAGGUUCCAGAGGACGAAGAUGAUGCUGAUGAAGAAGAAACAUCUGAGACCAGCUCUUCCGAGGAAGAAACAGAAGAUGAAGAUUCUGAGAAAGAUGGCGAUGAUAAAAAGGCAAAAAUGAAGAAAGUGAAGGAAAUCACCUAUGAAUGGGAGCUUUUGAAUGAUGUUAAAGCUAUAUGGCUUAGGAACCCUAAAGAGGUCACAGAGGAAGAAUAUACCAAAUUCUACCAUUCUCUAGCCAAGGAUUUCAGUGACGAGAAGCCACUUGCAUGGAGUCACUUCACUGCUGAAGGUGAUGUGGAAUUCAAGGCUGUCCUGUAUAUUCCACCUAAGGCGCCUCAAGAUUUAUAUGAGAGCUAUUAUAACUCAAAGAAGUCCAACUUGAAGUUAUAUGUCAGGCGUGUCUUUAUCUCAGACGAAUUCGAUGAACUGUUGCCCAAGUACUUGAACUUUUUGUUGGGCCUUGUCGAUUCUGACACACUGCCAUUGAACGUCUCAAGAGAAAUGCUCCAACAGCACAGCAGCUUAAAAACAAUCAAGAAGAAACUCAUACGUAAGGCCCUUGACAUGAUCCGCAGACUCGCUGAAGAGGAUCCAGAUGAGCAUAGUGACAAGGAUAAAAAAGAUGUUGAGGAAUCUGGAAGUGAUGAUAAGAAUAAGAAAGGGCAGUAUGCAAAAUUCUGGAAUGAGUUUGGCAAGUCCAUAAAGCUUGGAAUUAUAGAGGACGCAACUAACAGGAACCGAUUGGCUAAACUUCUUCGUGUUGAGACCACAAAAUCAGAUGGCAAACUUACCUCACUAGAUCAAUACAUCUCAAGGAUGAAAGCUGGCCAGAAAGACAUCUUCUACAUUACAGGAACAAGCAAAGAGCAGUUGGAAAAAUCUCCGUUCCUCGAGAGACUAAAAAAGAAAAAUUUUGAGGUCAUUUUCUUCACAGACCCCGUGGAUGAAUACCUGAUGCAGUACCUGAUGGAUUACGAAGACAAGAAAUUCCAAAAUGUAUCCAAAGAGGGCCUGAAGAUUAAGGACUCCAAAGACAAAGAGCUAAAGGAGUCAUUUAAAGAGUUGACCAAGUGGUGGAAAACCACGUUGGCUAGUAGCGACAAUGUUGAUGACGUGAAAAUCAGCAACCGUCUGGCAGAUACGCCAUGUGUGGUAGUGACUUCCAAGUAUGGCUGGAGUGCGAACAUGGAGAGAAUCAUGCAAUCUCAAACACUGUCGGAUGCUAGCAAGCAGGCGUAUAUGCGGGGCAAGAGAGUUCUUGAGAUCAACGCUCGCCACCCCAUCAUCAAGGAGAUCCGUGAAAGAGUAGUGAAGGACCCUGAGGACGAGGGUGUGAAGGAAACGGCACAACUAAUGUACCAAACAGCACUAAUGGAGAGUGGGUUCAUGCUGAAUGACCCAAAGGACUUCGCCUCACGUAUCUACAACUCUGUGAAGUCAGGUCUAAACAUUAGCCCUGAUGCGGAGGUUGAGGAAGAACAAGAAGUCGAAGAUGCGCAAGAAACUGAGUCUACCACCACCAGUGGGGCAUCUGAAGAAGAACAAGCGGUUGGUGGAAUCAAAGAUGAGUUAUAGAUUGUUAUUUUCCGCGGGAGGAAUUUGAGUCGGUUUUAUUUUCACUUAUUUAGUUUAACAGAGGGAGGCUGUGGCUCAUUAUAGGUCGAUACACUGUAACAGUGUUAACUCGUGAACAUCUUUUUGUCAUUUGUUUGUAGUUUCUUUUUCCAGUUGUGGUUGUGUCAGUGUGUUCGACACUGCUUAGUUUUUGUGCAAUACUCUAUGUGUUAGUUCUACGUUUUUUCAGGCAGUCAAUUCACUCAAUUGCCUCAUUAUCUUGUCCUGUUUGGUCAUGAUCAGGGAUGGAUAUAGGAGGUGUGGAGUGUGACUGACCAUUGGGAUUUCAAAAUUUUGUAUUAUAUAG